AUGGCUUUUUUAGAAACUGAUACUCUUGGUCAAGAAAGAUUUUCGUUACUGCUUCUAGAGCCUGGUGAAAUAUAUUUUGAAGAUUUUAGUGUUUUCUUUUGUCCAUCUGGUUUGCCAGAAGUUGAACCUAUUAAAAAAAAACAGAGAGGUCAUUUGAAAGUCUGUUCCAAAUCUAUUCUAUUUGUGCCAGGAGAGAUUCAUCUUCCAAUAAUAAAGUUUCCAUUGAAGAAUGUUGAUUUAAUAGAUGAGUGGACAGGAGGACUCUUUUCCAAGUAUGUAUUAUCUUUAAAUCAUCUUGUGCUUUUUAUACGCCCACACAUUAAUAUUGCCGUUACCCACGUCCGUUAUGAAGAGUUAAUAGUCUUAAAGCGCCCGAUGGGUAAAGCUCAUUUUGCUAAAAAAGAGAAAAUAGGCACUGACUUAUUAGGCCAAGGCCUAUACGAAAGAGGUUAUAAAGCUAGGCUUUUAUUAAUUCAAUAG